AGGAGACACCGUGGCUCGACAGGGCAGCACAUCACCGUUGAUACUUUAGGGCGAGUACUGGUUGGAAAAUUCACAUUCAAUCUGCCAGCAGCGCUUUUCCACGUGACUGACCAUGAGAACGAUAAUCAUCUUUGCUACGAUCUGCACCCUGGCCAUCGCAGAGCCCGGAUACGUGGCUCCAGUGAUACCUUACAGCUACCUUAGAGUGCCAUUAGCCUACGACGGCCACGUUUUGGACACGCCGGAAGUAGCACAGGCGAAAGCAGCACACCUCGCGACUCAGGCGUACGAGGCGGCCAGGAACACACUCAGCUAUGCUCACGUGCCGACUCUGUUACGUGUUUAUGCACCUGCACCUGGUGCGCCCAUAGGCGCCGAUGGUCGUGUCGUCGAUACACCUGAGGUCGCGCAGGCGAAAGCUGCUCACUUGACUGCUCACGCGUUGGAGACUGCAAAGAAUCUAGGACUCUACCCAUACGGUGCCCUGGCUUACGCCUCAACACCUUAUGCUUAUGGAUUUGGAUAUGGUGCUCCCCUUGGUCCUGAUGGUAGAGUAGUGGACACUCCGGAAGUUGUUCGAGCGAAGGUGGCUCAUUUUGCAGCACACGCUGAUGCGGCCGCAAAAACUGUUGAAAAUCUCUGAUUGCCACUGGGAGGAAUAUUUGGAAAGGAUAACGACGCAACUCUAAAAUAAUUUCUUGUCAAUUUAUUCAAUAUUUGGACUAUUUAAAUAUGAAAUGGACGGAUAACUGUGUAAAAUGAUCGGCUGCCUUUGUUCUGGAUAUUUUUAUUAAGUACCGUAAAAAUUAUAACUGAAUGUUAUAUGUGUGAAAUAAAGCAGCAAAAGUAUCGUGCUAUUUUUGUAUGACCUAAUACGACAGAUUCGCAUAAUAAAUAAUCUGUUCACAAAUUA